AUUUCAACCAAGCAGAACAUCAUUAAGUUCAUUCUGAAACAAUUUCAAUUGAUAUCCAACCGAUAUCAACAAUAUAAUCGUUUUUCAAACAGAAUAGGCUUUGAAAUAAUCAAGAAUCACCAGAAGUAAACAAUUUCUUACCAAAGAGAAAUAUCCCAACAAGAAAAAUCACCUCAAAAAGGAUAAUAAAUGAUCUCAAAAAGCAGAGCACCUCACUGAAUUAACCAAAAAAAAAGGAACCGAGGCAAGAGCAGUGAGCAAGUGCAUUGCAAAGUGAGAGAAUUUUCGUAGUCAAAAAGUUUGAUAAAAGGCAUCAAGUUGGGGAAUAAGGCAGGAAAAACCUCAGAGGCUGCAGCCGAAGCUGGUGACGCACCACCUAUGGAUAAUUCUGUAUCGCCAAUGCCAGAAGCACCAUUAGCUAUGAUGGAAGUUGAAAAGACACCAAGCUCAACACCAAUGCAUGAUUGUCCACCACCACCAGACAAACGUUAUGAUGAUGAUGAAAAGUCGACAUGGCAAUGUGGAUCAUGGUGCGAAUACAUUUUUGUUGUGGUGACGUCAAGCAUCCUUCUCUUAUCUGCAAUCGUGAUGACUGUAUUCUGGGUUAUUUUCUAUCGACAAGGAUAUAGUCUCGAGGAUCCAGGCAAAGAAUUUAACUUCCAUCCGACAUUGAUGAUUGCUGGAUAUAUCACAUUCGCUGGAUUUUCCGUUCUUCUUUAUCGCAUUUGCCGAUGCUGCUCAAACUUGAUUGUGAAACUUUGUCACACUUUCUUCCAUGCAUGUGCGAUUCCAUGCAUUGUUCUCGGCUUUCUCGCCGUUUUCGAUUCCAAGAAUCAAACAGCAACACCGCACUUUUACUCAUUACAUUCCUGGCUUGGUCUCAUCUGUAUGGGACUUUUUGCAUUCCAGUUUGUCAUUGGAUUCUUUAGCUUCCUCGUUUUGCUGUGCUGCGAAAAUGCCACAUACAAAUUCCGCUCGACAAUGGUUCCAAUUCAUGCAAGCGUGGGGGUUGCUACAUUCAUGCUUGCCAUUGGUGCUGCAAUUACAGGAUUCACUGAAAAAGCUUUGAACGAUAUUGGCCGAGACACAUACUCGACAAUGGUUGAAGAAGGCAUCAUAAUUAAUUCGAUUGCAAUUAUCUUAAUUGCUUUGGGCAUCUUGGUUCCAUUUGCCGUUCGUCGUACAAACUCUCCAGCCAGCUUUAAAGUUUACGUCACAGAAACCAUAUGAGGCCAGGUUAAAGUGCAAAUGGUGAAGGAGGUUACUGAAAUUACGGUAACAGAGCCCGAAGAACCUGCACCAGAUGCUGAAAAGUAUUAAGCAAAAAAAAUUUAAAAAAUUUGUCGAUGAUAAAAGAAAGAAAGAAAAAAAAAUUAAAAAAGUAUUUUAAAAAGUAAGUAGAUGUGUCAAGCAUAAUAGUAAAAGGAUUGAUAGGAAUCACUGUUUUGCAUAACAAUAUUUUUUAUUAAUUAAAGUUAAUUUAAAGAAUAAUUAUUUUGUUCAAAUGGACUAAAACAAGGAUAUAUGCAUAAUAAUGAUAAAUUUUAUUUCUCAAUGAAGAACUGAAUAAGCUCAACAAAGUAUAAAAUGAAUGCCGUUAAAUGUUCGUCAGGUGGUUCGGGUUGUUGCUUAGCAGUCGAAUGAGAUGUGAAUUUGGCAACGAAACGUGACAUGUUUAUUAAUAGCUGAUGAGAUAUGAAAUCGAUGAUUGAGGAUGUAAAGUACUCGAUUGGAUUUAUUAAAAAUUGAUGGAAUCAUGUCGUGGGUUGAAAUUUGAGCUUUUUAAGAGAAUGUUGAGGAAUUUUAAGGUUAAUGACCUGAAUAUUUGAUGUAUUGACAGAUGUUUGACUUUGCUCAUAGAUUGAACUUAAUCUUUGUUUGUUUAGGAUGAACAGAGGAUUUAUUUGAGUGAUUUGAGCUUGAUACUCUAUGGAAAUUGGACUUUGUUCGUUUUAAGAGUUCAAGAUUCUUCUGGAUCUGAUACUUUACUAAGUUUAGAUUGUUUAACAUAGAAAGAUCAAUGUUACGAUAAGCAUACAGCUUAGUUUACUGGAAAAUUUCAAGAAAAAUAACAAUUUCAAUUAGAAAUGUUUGUAAACAAAGAUUUGGAAGCUCAAAAUCAGUUUUGAACAUAAAAAGUCAAUUUUGAACUUGAAUACUUUACUUUGAACUUAAAAAAGUUCUUUUGAACUUGAAAAGCUCUAUUAGUAAAUAAAUCCUCGAAAAGCUCAAAUUAACUUGAAAAGAUCUCGAUUAAAAUUGGACAAAAAGCAACAACAAUUGCCGGCGAGGAGUUUAACGGCUGUAAAAGUAGAAAACAUGAAAAAAUUUCUAAAAACAAAAAACAAAAAAAAAAUUAUUCAUAAACAUCGCCAAAUCUACGUUUAAUGAUUCAUUAAUAUAGAGAAAAAUUCAUAAAAUUAAAUGAUAUAAAAGAAUUAAACAUUAAAAAUUUACAUAAAUGGUCAUUAAGCAUUAAAAAUACAUAAUAAUUAGAUAAUUUUAAAAUUUUACGAUGCUAUAAAAAUUAUUAAAAAAUUCAUUUUUAAAUUCAAGCUGAGUGAAGUGUUGAUUUAUUAAUUAUAAUAAAGAAUGUGAAAGAGGUAAAAGCAAAAAGUUUUUGAUGUAAAUUCUUUUAAUUAUUCUUGAUUGACGCUUUUCGCAACAGAAGAAGAUGUGGAGGUGAAUUCUAGCGUAAAAAAGAGUUUCUUCAUUAUAUUAUGCGCGUAUAUAAAACAUUUUAUAAUAACAUAAUAUCAAAAUUGAGCUAUUAUGCUGCGAGAAUUUUGUUAAAGAUUGUACCAAUUUUGCAAAUUUUUAUACCUAUUUAAAUAGAAUCAAAAAAAAAAGGGGAAAAAGAUCAAAUAUAUUUCUUAUUAUCUUUUACUAAGUAACGUAUUUCAGACACUCGUUUUGUUAAGUUUGUUAUUAAAAAAAGAUUUCAUAAAAUUAUAUACAAAAAUAAUAAAUGAAUUAAAGUCAUGUCUCCGUUAGUGGAAAUGUCUAAAGUUUGAGAACUUUUCUGAUUUUUAUUUUUUGAUAAAAUGUUGAACUUUUUUAAAUUUUUAACGUACUUUUAAAUUUUGAAAGUCUAAUAAGCUUCGAAUAGGGGAAAAACAACCUGAGGAGCUUUUUUAAGGAUAGAGGGGAGGAAGAGUAGUUUGACUUAAUAAUUACACCAAUAAGAAUGAUUGUCCAAGCUUCAGGUUGUUUUUCCCCUAGUCACUAUAACACAAAACCAUACAACAGCUUUAAACAUUUGUAAGGUUUUAGAACACAAGCUCAAGAAGUAAUAAAAAAAAGCUCGAAUUGGAAAAAUGUCAGAUAAAAUUAAUGAAUUUUGAGUUCAAAUGUGACACCGACCAAUUGAAACGAUAACUGAUACCUAAAAAUAGCAGAAUGUAGAUAGAUAGAAUAACAUAGCGAACUCACCAGGAAAUAAGAUCAAAUAAAUUGUCAUUUGAAUAGCAAUAAUUCUUGCUCAUCAACAUCACUAGUUAAAUUUGCCAAUACCAAUCCAUUAAACCUUACAUGUGCAACAAUUAGGCUUUGAAUUUAUUAAUCUCAAAAAUACGUAUGAGCUGCAAUAAUUCCUUUUGAUAUUUUUUUAAAUCUAAAAUUAAAUGAAAUUUCAGGUUGACUGUAAACGCAAAGAAUGCCAAUUUUUGUAUCUAAUUCUAAUUAAUCCUUUAACUAUCCCCAAUUUAGGAGAGAUUUAAUGAGUUUUCAAAUGAAGAUAGAAUACACGAUGGAAGGCGUAGACACAAACAAGUUUAUUCAUGAUAUAAAAAGGACAUACAUUUAAAAUUAAAAAUAGAAAUUCAUGCGAAGUUUUAAAGUAGUGAAGAUAAAAAAAAAAGUAGAUUAAAAAUGUUCAACUAAGAAAAUAUGGUAAAAAAAUAUAUUAAUACACACAUUUUAAUAAAAAAAAUCCAUUUAUCAUUCCACUAACGAUUUCGAAGUACCAAUUUAUUAAAAAAUGAUGAAAAAAAAACAAAUGAAACAUGUUUAAAACAAAUUUUUUAAAGUAUUGCUACAAGCAGAACAUUACCACCGGGAUUAACGAUGAAACUUUUUUGAUACAAAAUGAAAUGGAAAUUUUUUUUGGCUUAUUUUACCGGGAAAGAACCAUCCUGUUUUCGGAUUUUUACAAUUUUUUAAUAUAAAUAAAGAAAUAACAACAAUCGUUUACAAUAUAAUAAACAUAACAACAUAUAGGAAUGUAUCUUUUGAUGUUGAUUUAUGCAUUUACAUGUUUUCGGGGGUUGCAUGAUGUGUACAUCCAGUCACUCAAUCAGAAUGGAAAUGUUCAUUUGUUUUUUGUUUAUGGAUGUUGAGAUGAGUUAUUCAAUAUUUGAUCAAGUUGUUGGAUGUUUGUAAAGCUAUUCAAAUUGUUUUAUUGGCAAACAACCAAUAAUGGAUGAAUAUUGAAUUUGUUAUAAAAGAUUUAACGGAUUUCAAGAAUUCAAAUUUUAACAGCUUUUAAAAACUUCAAAAUUUCUGAUUUCGAAUUUUUGACGAAGAAAUUCAACGGAUCAUUUAAAAUCCAAAAAACCGUUCAAACAUUAUUCUUGCUUUUCUUCGAUAAUUGUGAUUCAUUAAGCUCCUAAACAUGUCAGUCAUACUUCAUGCUUGAAAUUCACAAUGAAGGAAUAUCAAACAAAAUCGAAAUUUUACUCUAAAGUAUGUCUCAGCAUCUUAAUAAAUGCAAAAACAUGUAAAUAACGUCAGUUGACCCUGUUUCAUGGAUGCAUAAAUAACCAUUGAUAUCUUGUCUUGAAUAAUAAGGUUGAUGUGAAAAAAUGUGACAAAAAAAAUUCAUAAAUACAUAACAUAAGAAAAAUAUUAUGUGUUCAAAUUGAAAGAAAAGUUUAAAAGUUGGAAUAAAAAAAAAAAAAAAUAAUAACUCAAAAAAUACUGUAAAAAUGUUCGAUUGAUAUGUUUGUUAUUAUGAUAUGAAGUUCACUCAAUGUUUUAUUCUGAAAUAAAAAAGGAAAAAUUGUGCAAUCGAUCAUUCAAUCUUUAAGAAGGAAAAAUGAGCAUAAACAGAAACACAAGAUUUACAAAAUUCACAACGAGACGAAAAAUUUCUCUUAAAAAUGAUGAAAAGAAAUCAUAUAGCUUUAGUGUGUACUCUAAAACUUUUUAAUAAACAGCAAUGGAAAUAAAAGAAAUUUUCAUAAACAUUCAACAUAUAAAAUUCAAUUACAUAGCAUGAAAAAUCAAAAAAAAAAAGAUCAAUUUUUACGUCCGCUCAUCUUAGUAAAAAAAAAACAUGAUAAUCAAUUUCCGGAGAUGAUGAAAAGAGAUACAAUUAUUAUAGUAUUUGUUUUUAGCAAUAGCGUAUGAAGACGUUUGUUUUUUAAAAAUCGACAUAAAUUAAGUAUAUACAAAUUUUUAUGAGUUUUAGACAUGAACUUUUGUAAGACGAUUGACCACAAGAAAUUUUUUUCUAUAUAACAUUAAUUCAUGUUAUUAUUAUUAUCAUUAUAACAGCAGAAGAAGCCACACACAU